CUUUGCCAACGGCUGGCAACCCUGCCUAAGAAGAAGAAGAUAAUUGACGUGUCACAAUUUCAACGAUUGGCAAGUGCCCGAGGCAAACGAAAAAGGGCGCUUGAAGGAAAAGCCGACACCCCGAAGAGAAGGAACCCCCAAUUGAGACACCUACUCAGAGCGGAAAAAGAGCCAACAACAUGCUGACCAACUUCGAGUCCAAGUCGGCGCGGGUAAAGGGCCUCUCCUUCCACCCGAAACGCCCUUGGAUCCUGGUCAGCCUGCACAGCGGCGUCAUCCAGCUGUGGGACUACCGGAUGCACACGCUCCUCGAGAAGUUCGACGAGCACGAUGGUCCAGUUAGAGGCGUCGCCUUCCAUCCCCAGAUGCCCUUGUUCGUCUCCGGCGGCGAUGACUACAAGAUCAAGGUGUGGAACUACAAGCAGCGCCGCUGCAUCUUCACCCUGCUGGCCCAUUUGGACUAUGUGCGCACGGUGGCCUUCCACCACGAAUAUCCCUGGAUUCUCAGCGCCUCCGAUGAUCAGACCAUUCGCAUCUGGAACUGGCAGUCGCGCAACUGCAUCUGCGUUCUGACCGGACACAAUCACUACGUGAUGUGCGCCCAGUUUCAUCCCACGGAGGAUCAGAUAGUCUCCGCUUCUCUAGAUCAAACGGUUCGCGUGUGGGACAUCUCGGGGCUGCGCAAGAAGAACGUGGCUCCCGGACCCGGCGGCCUCGAUGAUCACCUGAAGGGUCAUCCCGGCGCCACGGAUCUCUUCGGCCAGGCGGAUGCCGUGGUCAAGCACGUGCUCGAGGGUCACGAUCGUGGCGUCAACUGGGCCAGCUUCCAUCCCACUCUGCCGCUGAUCGUCUCCGGUGCCGAUGAUCGCCUCGUGAAGCUGUGGCGCAUGAACGAGUACAAAGCCUGGGAGGUGGACACCUGCCGCGGUCACUACAACAACGUGUCCAGCGUGCUGUUCCACCCACGGCAGGAUUUGAUCCUCUCGAACGGCGAGGAUCGCAGCAUUCGCGUCUGGGACAUGACCAAGCGGCAGUGCCUCUUCACAUUCCGGCGGGACAACGAGCGCUUCUGGAUCCUCACGGCGCAUCCUACUUUGAAUCUGUUUGCAGCUGGCCACGAUGGAGGCAUGGUGGUCUUCAAACUGGAGCGCGAGCGUCCCGCCUACGCCGUUCAUGGCAACAUUCUCUACUAUGUCAAGGAGCGCUUCCUGCGCAAACUGGACUUUACCACCACCAAGGACACGGUGGUUAUGCAGCUGCGUCCGGGCAAGUCACCGGUUUACAGCAUGUCCUAUAACCCCGCUCUAAAUGCCGUUUUGAUCUGCACCCGCACCAACAACCUGGAGAACAGCACCUACGACCUGUGCCAGAUCCCCAAGGAUACCGAAAGUCAGAGCGAAUCGGACAGUAAGCGCAGCUCCGGAAUCACCGCCAUCUGGGUGGCCCGCAAUCGGUUUGCAGUGCUCGAUCGCAACCAGCAGCUGGUGAUCAAGAACUUCAAGAACGAGGUGACCAAGAAGCUGCCCACUUUCUGCGAGGAGAUCUUCUAUGCCGGCACGGGAAUGCUGCUCAUCAGGGAUCCUGAAUUUGUCACCCUGUACGAAGUGCAGCGAUUGGUUUCCGUGGGCAGCAUCAAGCUGGCCAAGUGCCGCUAUGUGGUGUGGUCUCCGGACAUGUCUUUGGUGGCCCUGCUCUGCAAACACUCGGUGACCAUUUGCGAUCGACGGCUGCAGUACUUGUGCACCGUGCAGGAGAACUGCCGCGUGAAAUCAGGAGCUUGGGAUGAAUCUGGGGUGUUUAUCUACACCACUAGUAAUCAUAUUAAGUACGCCAUUACCAACGGAGACCACGGCAUCAUCCGUACUUUGGAUCUGCCCAUCUAUCUCACCCGCGUCAAGGGCAACCAGGUGUUCUGCUUGGAUCGCGAGUGCCGCACUCGCGUGCUUCACAUCGAUCCCACCGAGUACAAGUUCAAGUUGGCCUUGAUUCAGCGGAAAUACGACGAGGUUUUGCACAUGGUGAGGAAUGCCCGUCUGGUGGGUCAGAGCAUCAUCGCCUAUCUGCAGCAGAAGGGCUAUCCCGAGGUGGCCCUGCACUUUGUCAAGGACGAGAAGACCCGUUUUGGAUUGGCUCUCGAGUGCGGAAACAUUGAAAUCGCUUUGGAGGCCGCCAAGGCACUGGAUGACAAGGAUUGCUGGGAUCGUCUGGGCCAGAGUGCCCUGCUCCAGGGCAACCACCAGGUGGUGGAGAUGUGCUACCAGCGCACCAAGAACUUUGACAAGCUCAGCUUCCUGUAUUUGAUCACCGGCAACCUGGAGAAGCUGAAGAAGAUGAACAAGAUCGCCGAGAUCCGCAAGGAUGUCUCCGCGCAGUACCAGGGUGCUCUGCUCCUCGGCGACGUCAAGGAGCGGGUGAAUAUCCUCAAGAACUGUGGGCAACUUUCGUUGGCUUAUCUCACAGCCGCCACCCAUGGAUUCGAGGACCUUACUGAAUCGCUGAGUGAGACAAUUACUUCGCAGGGCAACGCUUUGCCUGAGGUGAAUCCGAAUGCUCAGCUUUUGCAGCCACCCGUGCCCAUCCAGCAGCUGGAGACCAACUGGCCGCUGCUGUCCGUUUCCAAGGGCUUCUUCGAGGGCGCCAUGGUCACCAGGGCGGGAUCGAGUGCCACUGCCCGCCAGGCUUUGAAUAUCAACGCCGAUGCUGCGGUGCUGGACGAGCACAAUGGCGGGGGAGAUGGCUGGGGAGCUGAUGCGGAUCUGGGACUAGAUGAAGACGGCGACGAGGAGAUGCACGAUGCGCUGAGCAACGAUGGAGAUGGCGGAGCAGGCGGCGAGGAUGGCGCCGGCUGGGAUGUGGGCGACGAUGAUCUGGUGGUACCCGAGGAGCUGGCCUCCAAGAUCAAGGCCUCCGCGUUGGACAGCAACUACUAUGCGGCGCCCAACAAGGGAUUGUCGCCUGCCCAGCAAUGGGCGAAUAAUUCUCCAUUGGUUCUGGACCAUGUGAAGGCCGGAUCCUUCGAGACCGCCUUCCGUUUGCUAAACGACCAGCUGGGAGUGGUGAACUUCAAGCCCUUCAAGCAACUCUUCCUGCAGAAUUACGCUUGUUCUAGAACCAGUUAUACAGCUAAUCCGAAUCUGCAAUCGCUGAGUGGCUACCCAUUGCGCAACUUCUCCGAGACAAACAUCAAGCUACAAAGACCGGCGGUUGGAAUCAAGUUAAACGAUUUAGUGGCCCGCCUGCAGGCUGGUUACCAACUAACGACUUCCGGCAAAUUCUCCGAGGCGGUGGAAAAGUUCCAUUCCAUCUUGAUCAGCAUUCCGCUGCUGGUGGUGGACACCAAAGUGGAUACGGCGGAGGCCCAGCAGCUGCUGAGGAUCUGCGCCGAGUAUAUUGUGGGUCUCAAAAUGGAAACGGUGCGCAAGGGCAUGCCCAAGUCAACGCUGGAGGAGCAGAAGCGUCUGUGCGAGAUGGCCGCCUACUUUACGCACUGCAAGCUGCAGCCCGUGCAUCAGAUCCUCACCCUGCGCACCGCCCUCAAUAUGUUCUUCAAGCUGAAGAACUACAAGACGGCCGCCUCCUUUGCCCGCCGCCUCCUGGAGUUGGCCCCUCGGCCGGAUGUCGCCCAGCAGGUGCGAAAGAUCCUGCAGGCCUGCGAGGUGAACCCCGUGGACGAGCACCAGCUGCAGUACGAGGAGUUCAACCCGUUCACCAUCUGCGGCAUCAGCUGGAAGCCGCUGUACAGGGGCAAGCCGGAGGUCACCUGUCCCUUCUGCGGCUCCUCCUACGACCCACAGUUCAAGGGCAGCCUCUGCACCGUUUGCGAGGUCAGCCAGAUCGGCAAGGAUAGCAUUGGACUGCGCAUCUCCAAUCUGCAGUUCCGCUAGGACGGAUAAGCUUGCUUUUUAAUCUAUACGUUUCCUCCACGCCAAGCGAGACCCCUUAGUUUUACACGAUUCUUGCUUAUUAUUAUUCAGUAUCUGUAUAUUAUAAUGGUAUAAAAUCAAA